UUGCAGCCUCCAGCAGCAUCUAGGAGCCACUUAUCUGGAAAGACUUAAAUAAUUAAAGGGGGCUAUUAAAUCUAAUAGAUGUCGUUAAAGCCUCUCGUUGUAAAACCUGAAAACUUUGUGUAAAAGAGGGAAGCAAAGAUCAUUUUGAAAAUCCUUUACAUACUCUGACAUAAACCUGCAAAGAUGCACAUUACAUAUAUAAUGAUUAUGGCAAUGGCAUUCCCUGUUUGCAUGGAAGCGAUUCACGGGAUGUACGCUUUCGGUCAACCCGAACUGUAUUACAAAAAGAACAACUGCAAACCCAUUCCUGCGACUCUUCUGCUGUGCAACGACAUAGAAUACACCGAGAUGAGACUGCCAAAUCUGCUGGGACACGAGACCAUGAAAGAGGUCCUCCAGCAAGCGUCAUCUUGGAUUCCUCUGGUCCAAAAGCAAUGCCACCCGGACACCAGGAAGUUCCUCUGCUCUCUCUUUGCCCCCGUGUGCCUGGACGAUUUAGACGAGCCCAUCCAACCAUGCAGAUCGCUCUGUGAGAGCGUGAAGCAAGGCUGCGCUCCGGUGAUGUCUGCCUUUGGCUUCCCAUGGCCGGACAUGCUGGAUUGCAGUCGCUUCCCCCUAGAUAACGAUCUCUGUAUUCCUCCGGCCAGCAUCGAUAGUGUUGUACCAGCAACCAAGGAAGCGCCGAGGGUGUGUGAUGCUUGCAAAGACAGAGAAGAGAACGACAACGAGAUUGUUGACAACCUUUGUAAAAAUGACUUUGCUCUGAAGAUAAAAGUGAAGGAGAUCUCAUACAUCAAUGGAGACACCAAAAUCAUUCCGGAGACAAAGAGCAAAACCAUCUACAAACUUAAUGGGGUGACCGAUCGGGAACUUAGGAAGACUGUUCUCUGGCUUAAAGACGGCUUGCGGUGUACAUGCAAUGAAAUGAACGACAUCAACGCUGCCUAUUUAGUGAUGGGACAGAAGCUCGGUGGGAAUCUGGUCAUAACCUCUCUGAAAAGAUGGCAGCGAGGCCAGCGAGAGUUUAAAAGAAUCUCUCGCAGCAUUCGCAAAUUGCAGUGUUAAUUAGGCACAGUACGUCCCUCCCCUUUAGCAAUAAUAAUCCUUCUGCACUUCUGUAACACUUGGCAGGCUCUUUAGCACGGUUCACGUAUAAUUAAUUACCAGAUUUCUUGUGUUCAUGAACAAAAUCCCAGCACAAAUACAGAUUUACUGUAUAGUGAAAACAUCAAGCUUGUCACAAAUUUAGUUUUAUUCAGUUUGGCUUAAAACUGCAUUUUUGAAAGUCUAGGUAACGAAUGUGAUAUAUUUUUUCUAAGAUGUUGUAAGAUAAAAGUUGGGAAAUAGCUGGCUAUAUUCUCAUAUACAGUAGCCAGAAGGCUACUCAGAAUAGUGAUUGCAAUCAGGAAUAAUUUUAUCCCUUAAUGUGGUUUUGAUUCAGUUCUAGGCAAAGGAUAGUUCUUAAAAUUAAACCAAUUUGUUAAAAUAUUAUAUCCUGUUUGUGAUAUACAAAAAGACUCAAAUAUUUCAAUAAAAUUAUCAUGAUAAUGCAAGGUAUAAUUUUGUUUAAACCUCUUUACUUAAAAUUGCUAAAUAUUGUAUAGUUCUUUAUUUUAAAUAGCACCUGGACUCGGAAAAUUGAUGGUAUUUUCUUACAAUCCUUAGGUCUAUGGCUAAUCUCUUAGCACAUAUGAUUCACAGUGAACUACAGAAACAUACUGUUAAAUUACUUCAACAAACACUUUAAAUGCUCGUUUGUUUUACAAAUAUACACUUAACAAUUUGAGAGUUGUAAAAUAUUGCUUUAUUGGUUACUCUGUAAAUAUUUAGACACUUAAUUCUUGUACAUAUGUUUAAAACCAUGAGUUUGUGUACUUUAAAAAAAGGUUUGUAUCCAAACAGUAUGCUCUGUACUGGUGGUAGGCUGCAGGAAAUUUAAAAUUGUUUUGCCCAGUUUCAACCUCACUUUGCUAUGACAGUGUCAUUAGAGAAGACAGACGGAGUUGUGAGUUUGGGAGGAGUAUAAGGGUAAAGGAAUGUGUUAAUUUUUUUAUCAACAUGCUUACAGACUUUGUUACAUUUUACAAAAAUGUACUACUUCUCUUCUUUUGUAUAAAACUUAAAAAAUAAAUCUUGAAAUAAAUUUUACAUAUCUUGCUGUUAACUGAGAAAAUAUAUGGUUGCUGACAGAUCAGUUUGAAUCCCUCAUAACUGACUUCUAUGCACAUAAGUAAUCUGGAAAGAAAGCUUGUGAAACAUUUUAGUUCAAAUUUAAUUUCAAGAAAUAUACAUUAAUGAUUAAUAAAUAACUUCAUGAAACCUAUCACUGACCCUGUCAGUAGGUAUCCAGCAAUUCCCUUUAUGCUUUAAUGACCUAUGCAAAAAGUGUUUAAUGCAGUUUAUUUAAUACUGACAUAUUUUCUUAAGGGAAUAAAAUACAAAUACAGCUUAAAAUGCAUCAGGCUGCAGCACAUGAGCUAUGUUUUCUGAAUCUGGUGUGAGUACAAGUCAUUCUUUAUUAAUUUUAAGGCUUUUAGGUAACUUUCAGAAAUAAAGAGGGCUAUUAAAUAAGACCAGUGAGGCACACACACAUGGCCAAGAUAGAGACACCAAUUAACCUAACCUUCUGUACCUGAAGGGGACACAGGUGGAUACGGAGAGAAUGGGUACACAAAAGGUAUCCUAGUCCACCCCAGAGCAUCAAGAACUUUAAAGAAAUAGUGCAAAUAAACCAUUCAUCUUCAAUAACUACUUAAUCCUGUACAGCACUGCAGUGAAUUACAGCCUAAUCUAUCUGACAAUGGACACAAGGCAGGAUACACCCUGGAUGGCAUGCCAGUCAAUAGGAUGGCACACACUCAUGUGCGGACCAUUUAGGGAUGUCAAUUAACCUAGACAGUGUGCAUUUAGACUGUGGGAGAGAAUCGGAGCACCCAGAUAAAACCCACGAGCCCCCAAGGAGGACAAGUAAACUCCAUACAGAAAUUGCCCCAGUCCAGGAUCAAACCAAGAGCCCAAGCGCUGUGUGGCAGAGAGCAAACUGCCACACUUCUCUGCGACAGUCUUAUCAAAAUAUCGCAGCGGUCACUUUCCACCAUUUUGCUUUGUCUUGUACUUGAUAUUUCAUUAUAAUAACACCUCUGUAAUAACACAUAAUGUGUUUGUGCUUUACAUGUAUACCGAGGUUGUGCUACAGUAUCUUGUGAUUGAUAGUUCUAUUGGGCUCAACUAUAGGGCGAGAGCCCUCUAAUGUCGCAAAACAGUAUUGCAAAAAGACUUCGCCUUCUUUAUAUAGUGCUUGUCAUCCCCGAAACACAGAAUUGUACUGAUGCUAUUAAGCAAUGAAUGAACAAAGCAUAUUCUUUGGCUAUGUUCUGGUUCUUAUUUAUAUUUUUCUGUAGAUUUCAAAUACAUUGGCAAUAUAUACAAUGAGUGGAUAUUUGCAUUUUAAAGAAAAUUAGUAAUGUAUACAUUUGAAACAUACUGUUAAUAUACAAUCAAAGCUACAGUCUUUUGGAAAUAUGACGUCAUGUCUAUCUACAGUAUAUAUACCACUUACAUAUACAGUAUAAACACAUACAUGCAGAAAAUAACUGGUACUUACAAUUCUAGACAUCCAGGAAAUAAAAUUUAAAAUGUGUACACUAAAAUAAAAU